CAGGAGAAGACUUUCACCAUGACGAACAAGAUUAUCAACAACGGCUUUUCCGGUGUCAUCAUCUUUGUCUGGAUGGCCAUCAACAUCUUUCUUUUUGUCUGGUAUUACUUUUACUACGACCAGAGGCCCGAGUUCUUCUACACUCGUCAUCUGCUGGGGUCUGCGCUGUCCUGGGCCAGGGCUCCUGCAGCCGUGCUGAACUUUAACUGCAUGUUGAUCCUCCUGCCCGUGUGCAGAAACCUGCUGUCUCUGAUCCGAGGCUCUCUCAUGUGUUGCAGCAGAACAAUGAGGAAACAAAUGGACAAGAAUUUGGCGUUCCACAAGCUGGUGGCGUACAUGAUCGCCCUGAUGACAGCUGUUCACACGAUCGCUCACCUGCUGAACGUGGAGCGUUACAACAACAGCAGACAAGGGGCUUACGAUGAGCUCAGCGAGGCUCUGUCCGACCUGGAGGACGCUGACAACACCACCUACCUGAACCCGAUCCGGACAACCAGUCUCAAUCCGCAGCAAAUUCCCACGUACUUCGCCUUCACCUCCAUCGCCGGACUCACUGGUGUCGUCAUCACCCUGGCGCUAAUCCUCAUCAUCACCUCCUCCAUGGAGGUCAUCAGACGCAGCUACUUCGAGGUCUUCUGGUACACGCAUCAUCUGUUCGUCAUCUUUUUUGCUGGCCUUGUCAUUCAUGGAAUCGGGGGCAUUGUGAGGAGACAGAGCAAUCUGUCGCAACACAAUUUCACCUUUUGUCAAAAUCUCACUGAAGAAUGGGGGGAAAUCCCCGAGUGUCCCUAUCCUCAGUUUGUUGGAGGACCAGCCAUGACAUGGUGGUGGGUUCUUGGCCCAAUGAUUAUUUAUGCUUGUGAGCGUUUGCUUCGUUUGAUUCGAUAUGCUCAGAAAGUCCAGUACAGGAAGAUUGUGAUGCGACCAUCCAAAGUUCUAGAGCUGCAGCUGGUGAAAAAGGGCUUUAAAAUGGAUGUGGGUCAGUACGUCUUCCUCAACUGUCCGGCCAUCUCUAAGCUGGAGUGGCACCCGUUCACCAUGACCUCUGCACCCGAGGAGGAUUUCUUCAGCGUCCACAUCCGCUCAGCUGGAGACUGGACGGACAAACUCAUUGAAAUUAUGCAGAAGCUACCGGAGGGAGCGCAAGGACCCAAAAUGGGUGUCGAUGGACCGUUUGGGACGGCCAGCGAGGACGUGUUUGACUAUGAGGUCAGCAUGCUGGUUGGUGCUGGCAUCGGCGUCACUCCCUUCGCCUCCAUCCUCAAGUCCAUCUGGUACAAGUUCAAAGACAACAAUCCCAAGUUGCACACCAGAAAGAUCUAUUUCUAUUGGCUCUGCCGGGAAACACACGCCUUCGAGUGGUUUGCUGACCUACUGCAGAUGCAGGAGAAAGAGAUGGAGGAGAGGGGCCUGGGGGACCUCCUCACCUACAAACUCUUCCUGACUGGAUGGGAUGAAAGUCAUACUAAUCAUGUGAUGGUCCACUUCGACGAGGACACUGACGUGGUCACUGGACUCAAACAGAAAACUCACUACGGCCGACCCAACUGGGACAAGGAGUUUGAUCAAGUCCGCAAAGAGAAUCCUACCUCCACGGUGGGAACCUUCCUGUGCGGACCUGCAGCUCUCGCAACGGUUCUGGAGAAGAAAUGCGCCAAAUAUUCAGACGUGGAUCCUCGCAAGACCAAGUUUUACUUCAACAAGGAAAACUUCUGA